AUGGAAGCGGCAAAGGCAGCCGGAGUGGACCAAAACGAUGAUGUUACCCGUGGCCGUACAUUCUGGUACGCCAAGUUGACUUUCAAGGACAAUGCUGCUCGCGACAAGAUGAUCCAGCUCGUAAGCGAACAGGCCGAGUACGGUUUCGAGCACGAGCACGGCACACUCAAAUACGGCUGCCUAACCUCUGCUGAGAACCCUGACGAUCCCUUCAUGUGGGCAAUGGAAGAUUAUGCCAAUGGGCACGCGAUACGUUUUCAUUCUUCAGCAGAUAGGAUGAAACCAGUUUUCGGGUACAUCGGCAGCGGCGUCAUGGCUGGUCCUCUGCAGAAGACUACUGUUGUGUUUUUCAAAGGUCUCGAGAUACUGAAACCCGAAAUCGCCCAGGUCGACCACCCAUUCGUACAGAUAACGGAUAUUGACCUCAAAGCACGCCUCGGUCCCGAGGAAGUAAAGCUCUGGUCAAGCGUUGUCGAAGCUGCAAAUAAAGAGCUGCAUGUGUUGUUCUUUGGGAUUGGACUGAGUUCUGGGAAUGAUUCCAGGCUAAUUAUUAUUACUGCUUAUACGAGCCAGGAAACCUUUAACGAUUCCAAGGUCAAGAUCAAGGAUGCAGCUCAGCCAACUCUAACUGCUUUAGAGAGUAAGAUGGGAGAGAUCAAGACGGAUUUGUUAGAGUUAAAGGGAGGCUUCCUGUAUAAGGAACUAAAGGCUUGA